AUUAGAAAAGUUGUGCUGCGGAAGAGGGAUGCGAAGGAAAUGGCCCGAUUUAGAUAGCCUUGUGUUCUGGAGUAUCUUCACCAUGGCCCUUCUCCGGAGCAAAGAGGCGAGCGGAGGACGGCUGCUGGUCCUCGCAGCAGUGUUCGGCUGGUGUGUAGGGUCUGUGCGCUGCUUCGGGCAGAGCCAAGACAGCGAGUUAACGUUUUUGCUGCCAGCCGGAAGAUCCGAGUGCUUCUUUCAGGCGGCGGUAAAUAAUGGUACGAUGGAAGUCGAAUAUCAGGUGAUAGCAGGUGCUGGUAUGGAUGUAGACUUCACCAUCCUCUCCCCUGAAGGCAUCCUUCUCAUCAUCGAGUCCCGACGCUCUGAUGGAGUCCAUGUGGUGGAGCCCACAGUGGAGGGAGACUAUCAGAUCUGCUUUGAUAACAGCUUCAGUCACUUCUCAGAAAAGAUGGUGUUCUUUGAAAUCAUCAUUGAGGGUCAGGCAGGUGAUGCAGACGGAGAGGACACGUGGGCAGGUUUGGAGGAGCCUGAUGGAAGCCUACUGGAGUACAAGCUGGAAGACAUACGGGAGUCCAUGGACUCUCUGCAUAAACGUUUAGAACGAAGCUGGCAGAUGCAGACAGUAUUACGGGCCUUCGAGGCGCGGGACAGGAACCUGCUUGAAGAUAAUCUUUGGAGGGUCUCAUUCUGGUCCUGUGCCAGCGUGCUGGUGAUGGUGUGUGUGGCCCUCACCCAGGUAUACACUGUCCGUAAACUGUUUGACGAUAAGCGAAGAGUCCGCACGUAGAAGUGCUCCAGUAACUUGUAAUUAUUUGUAAUUUGGUCUGUGAAAACAGUAGAAAUUAGGUUUACAUUUAUAUAUAAGCAAUAACUCAACGUUAUACCCAGCAGGCAUUUCAACGUUGAAUCAUAGUUGAACCAACGUCAUAAUUAUGGUUAAAUGACGAUUGGAUUAUGUGUUGAUUUUGAAAGAUGGGGAAGCGUCAUUUCAUCAUCUUGUUGUCAACGUUGUAUAGCUUUUAAACGUUGUUUCAAAAACAAAAAGCACACAAAAGCAACUGACAUUAUUUCUAUGUUAACGUAUUAGUAUUUUGUUAACAUUUUUACAACCAUUAGCAUUAAACAUUUCAAUGUUGCAUCAACAUCACAACAAUAACAUAAUUUACCAUUGAAGGUUGGUUGUGUGCCUGCUGGGUGGAAUGAUGAAGGGUAACCACAUAAAAAAAAGAGGAUGAAGUCUGUCAGUUGUGCCUUUAAUGUCAGGUCAUAGCAUAUGCAAUCAGAGGAACUACUUUUUAAAAGGCGCUACCACAUAGACCAACAAAAGCUGUAUAAAUGCUGCCCUACAUGUUCAAACCUGGUCUGAGGGUUUGGGAUUUUCUUCCUCAAGGUAAAAUACUGUAAAGUUUACUAAAGGUUGAGGUUUGGUUCUACAAUACACCAUCAACCACAGAUCACAAAAGUCCAUGUUUGCUGGUUUACAAGGGAUAACAAUGUGCAAUAUAUAUAUAUACA